UUGGAUUCCGGGUCAUCUCAAAAACUGCUGGUCGUCCUAUACCAGACCUAUCGCCAACACGAACGUCGUGACGGAUCAACGCAACACAGACACAUCCUUCCACAAUGGCCCGCCUCAGUCUUGCGCUCGUGACCGCCGUCGUCUCAGCCGCGGCCGUCUCGGCGAAGUGCUGCACAAACCUGACGGUUCCGGUGACCGUCUCUGCCCGCAACGGCAGGUUCAACCUGCAGCCGCCGGAAAACAACAUUGACGUGACCGACUUCAUCCUCAGGCUCGGGAAGCGCGGGGCUAAUUACACCCAACAAGUGCUCGAGGAGAUAUACACAGUCAGUGGCACAUACAACAUCGCGGCGACCUACUGCGAGCCGGCGGCGAACGAGCCCGGCUCUGUGCUCCAGGUCCUCACGCACGGCGUCGGCUUCGACCGGUCGUACUGGGACUUCCCCUACGCCAACUACAACUACAGCUACGUCAACCAGGCCCUCGCCAAGGGUUACAGCACCUUCAGCUACGACCGGUUCGGCAUUGGCGAGAGCUACCCCGGGUGUGACGCCGGCGCCGACCCGAUCAACGAGGUCCAGUCCUGGCUCGAGAUUGCCAUCCUCGAGCAGCUCACCACGCAGCUCCGCGAGGGCGGCCUGCCAGGGGUGUCGGCCCGGUUCGCAAAGACGGUCCACGUGGGCCAUAGCUUCGGCUCGAUCCAGAGCUACGCCCUCGGAGCCGCGCGGCCGGACCUCUCGGACGGCCUGGUGCUCACCGGCUUCACCCAGGUGCCCGACUACGUCGCCUACUUCCUGUACGGAGCCAACUUUGUGGGCGUCGACACCAUCCCCGGGCUCGCGGACAAGUAUGCCGCCGGGUACCUGGCGCCGCAGAACCUGACGGGCGUGCAGCAGAACUUUUUCGCCUCUGAGAACUUUGACCCCGCGGUGCUCGAGGCCGCGUACAAGGUCGGCCAGCCCGUCACGUAUGGCGAGCUGCUCACGCUGGGGGCUCCCGCGGGGGUUCCUUCUGCGUUUGAGGGACCGGUGCUGAUUAUCACUGGAGAUUACGACAUCCCCUUCUGCGGCGGCAACUGCACGACCCCAGACUCGACGUUCCUCGACGUGUCGGCCUCGCUGCUCAAGAACUCGUCGCACUUUGAGACCUUUGUGGUGCCAGAGUCGGGCCACGGCCUGAACCUCGAGUAUACCUGGCCGACGACGUACGGCAAGAUUCUCGACUUUCUGCAGGCCCAGGUCUAGAAAAAAAAAGAGAAUGGGCGGCGGGGGCGAUGAGAGGACGAGGGAUUGCGGAUGUGCAGAAUGUGUAGAUGGAGGAACGAGGGAGUGGAGAGAGGGGGCAGGCACAUAGGUUUGCGGUGGGCCUGGGUUGAG